GCCACGAGGUGUGAGUGGGGCUGUACGCACUUUCUUUUUCACUCCUGCUGACUGGAUCGGCCCAGCUCCCGAGCCGCUGUCCACAUGAUUUCCCCAGGACCUCUUGGGUCUUGGCAGCGGCCAUGGUGCCGCUGCUGCUGCUGGUAAUGUGUCAUGCGGUCGUGGCCCAAGUAGAGGAGGUGGCCUUCUCCAAUACUCUCACAGCAGCGGAUAUCAUCAGCCUCGGAGAUGAAGAUAAUGACAUGAUCGUUGGAGUGGCUGGCACCGACUAUCCGACUUACGCCCAAGUUCCUGACACUUCUUUCAGAUGCGAAGACCAGGUGUCACCUGGUUACUACUCCGACCCAGAAACCCAAUGUCAAGUGUUUCACAUUUGUGUGGCUUACCAAGAGCAGCAGCUGCGACAGUACUCUUUCCUCUGUCCUAACGGUACUAUCUUCAGCCAGCAAUACUUCGUAUGUGUUUGGUGGUACGACUUCGACUGUUCACUUGCUGUUUCCUUCUACGACACCAAUACAGAGAUUUUCGCUGAAUUCCCUGCUGCUGCCCCAUCUUCUGUCCAACGAGGCACUUCUCUACCUGCUGAGGGAGCACUCACGACAACUGGACUGCUUGAUUUGCGUGGUUCACAGUCUGGUGGCUUGACUGAUAAAGAUUCUGCAGCACCUAAAAGAUUACCAAAUUUGUCAUCAGAACAACCAAGAUUUUUAAGUCAACAGUCGGAUGUAUCUGGAGAGCAGCAAAGCGCAUCACAAGAUUUUGCAGGUGGAGUGGUCUCACCAUCAGAUAGCUUUGCCAGAGAGUUGCCUCAAAAUAACUUAGAAUCUCCCAAUUUUCAGAAAAAUACAGAGCAAAAUGCGAUUGGUGGUGAUCCUGGAGACAGUAAAAUCUCACAAAGAACAGACCAGAGCCAAACAAAAUUUGGUCCUGAGACUGGCUCACCUCAGGAACAACAGGAACGUGAUUUCACUCAAGUGCAAUCAGGAUUCGACUCUACUACAGGGCAAGCAGGAUUCGGAUUUCCUCAGAAUGAAGCAGGAUUCGAUAUAACUGAAGAGCAACAAAAAUAUGACACUAUUCAAGGACUUGACUCCACUCAAGGGCAAUCAGACCUUGACUUCAUUCAAAAUCAGCAAAAGUAUGACUCCACCCAAGGCCAAACAACAUAUGAUUCCAGUCAAGGACCAGCAGGAUUCGACUCCAUUCAAGGGCAAGAAGGAUUAGACUCCAUUCAAGGGCAAGUAGGAUUAGACUCCAUUCAAGGGCAGGUAGGAUUUGACUCCAUCCAAAGGCAAGAAGGAUUCGACUCCACUCAAGGGCAAGAAAAAUUGGAUUCCGUUCAAGAACAGACAGGAUUCGACUCCACUCAAGAGCAGACAGGAUUUGAUUCCACUCAAGGGCAGACAGGAUUCGAUUCCACUCAAGGGCAAACAAGAUUUGAUUCCACUCAAGAACAGACAGAAUUCGAUUCCACUCAAGGGCAAACAGGAUUCGGUACCACUCAAGGACAGACAGGAUUCGAUUCCACUCAAGGGCAAACAGGAUUUGAUUCCACUCAAGAGCAGAGAAGAUUCGAUUCCACUCAAGAGCAGAAAGAAUUCGACUCCACUCAAGGGCAGACAGAAUUUGACUCCACUCAAGGGCAGAUAGGAUUCGACUACACUCAAGGGCAGACAGGAUUUGAUUCCACUCAAGAGCAGAUAGGAUUCGACUCCACUCAAGGGCAGACAGGAUUCGGCUCUACUCAAGGGCAAACAGGAUUUGAUUCCACUCAAGAGCAGACAAGAUUCGAUUCCACACAAGAGCAGACAGGGUUUGAUUCCACUCAAGGGCAGGCAGGAUUCGAUUCCACUCAAGAGCAGACAGGAUUCGAUUCCACUCAAGAGCAGAAAGAAUUCGACUCCACUCAAGGGCAGACAGGAUUCGACUCCACUCAAGGGCAGAUAGGAUUCGACUCCACUCAAGGGCAGACAGGAUUCGAUUCCACUCUAGGGCAGACAGGAUUCGACUCCACUCAAGGGCAGACAGGAUUCGACUCCACUCAAGGGCAGACAGGAUUCGAUUCCACUCAAGGGCAGGCAGGAUUCGACUCCACUCAAGGGGAGACAGGAUUCGACUCCACUCAAAGGCAGACAGGAUACGAUUCCACUCAAAAGCAGACAGGAUUCGACUCCACUCAAGGGCAGACAGGAUUCGACUCCACUCAAGGGCAGACAGGAUUCGAUUCCACUCAAGGGCAGACAGGAUUCAACUCCCCUCAAGGACAAGCAGGAUUUGGCUCCACUCAAGGGCAGGCAGAAUUCGAUUCCACUCAUGAGCAGAAAGGAUUCGACUCCACUCAAGGGCAGACAGGAUUCGACUCUACUCAAGGGCAGACAGGAUUCGAUUCCACUCAAGGGCAGACAGGAUUCAACUCCCCUCAAGGACAAGCAGGAUUUGGCUCCACUCAAGGGCAGGCAGAAUUCGAUUCCACUCAAGAGCAGAAAGGAUUCGACUCCACUCAAGGGCAGACAGGAUUCGACUCCACUCAAGGGCAGACAAGAUUCGACUCCGCUCAAGGGCAGACAGGAUUCGACUCCACUCAAGGGCAGACAGGAUUCGACUCCACUCAAGGGCAGACAGGAUUCGAUUCCACUCAAGGGCAGGCAGGAUUCGACUCUACUCAAGGGGAGACAGGAUUCGACUCCACUCAAGGGCAGACAGGAAUCGAUUCCACACAAGUGCAGACAGGAUACGAUUCCACUCAAGAGCAGACAGGAUUCGAUUCCACUCAAGGGCAGACAGGAUUCGACUCCACUCAAGGGCAGACAGGAUUCGACUCCACUCAAGGGCAGACAGGAUUCGAUUCCACUCAAGGGCAGACAGGAUUCGACUCCAAUCAAGGGCAGACAGGAUUCGACUCCAGUCAAGGGCAGACAGGAUUCGAUUCCACUCAAGGGCAGGCAGGAUUCGACUCCACUCAAGGGGAGACAGGAUUGGACUCCACUCAAGGGCAGACAGGAUUCGAUUCCACUCAAGGGCAGGCAGGAUUCGACUCCACUCAAGGGCAGACAGGAUUCGACUCCGCUCAAGGGCAGACAGGAUUCGACUCCAAUCAAGGGCAGACAGGAUUCGACUCCAGUCAAGGGCAGACAGGAUUCGAUUCCACUCAAGGGCAGGCAGGAUUCGACUCCACUCAAGGGGAGACAGGAUUGGACUCCACUCAAGGGCAGACAGGAAUCGAUUCCACUCAAGGGCAGACAGGAUACGAUUCCACUCAAGAGCAGACAGGAUUCGACUCCACUCAAGGGCAGACAGGAUUCGACUCCACUCAAGGGCAGACAGGAUUCGAUUCCACUCAAGGCAGACAGGAUACGAUUCCACUCAAGGCCAGACAGGAUUCGAUUCCACUCAAGGGCAGACAGGAUUCAACUCCCCUCAAGGACAAGCAGGAUUUGGCUCCACUCAAGGGCAGGCAGAAUUCGAUUCCACUCAAGAGCAGAAAGGAUUCGACUCCACUCAAGGGCAGACAGGAUUCGACUCCACUCAAGGGCAGACAGGAUUCGACUCCGCUCAAGGGCAGACAGGAUUCGAUUCCACUCAAGGGCAGACAGGACUCGACUCCACUCAAGGGCAGACAGGAUUUGACUCCACUCAAGGGCAGACAGGAUUCGACUCCACUCAAGGACAGGCAGGAUUUGGCUCCACUCAAGGGCAGACAGGAUUCGACUCCACUCAAGGGCAGACAGGAUUCGACUCCACUCAAGGACAGGCAGGAUUUGGACUCCACUCAAGGGCAGACAGGAUUCGACUCCACUCAAGGGCAGACAGGAUUCGACUCCACUCAAGGACAGGCAGGAUUUGGCUCCACUCAAGGGCAGAUAGGAUUCGACUCCACUCAAGGGCAGACAGGAUUCGACUCCACUCAAGGGCAGACAGGAUUCGACUCCACUCAAGGGCAAACAGGAUUCGACUCCACUCAAGGGCAGACAGCAUUCGAUUCUCCUCAAGGACAGGCAGGAUUUGGCUCCACUCAAGGGCAGACAGCAUUAGACUCCACUCAAGGACAGGCAGAAUUUGGCUCCACUCAAGGGCAGACAGAAUUCGACUCCACUCAAGGGCAGACAGGAUUCUACUCCACUCAAGGACAAGCAGGAUUUGGUUCCACUCAAGGACAGACAGAAUUCGACUCCACUCAAGGGCAGACAAGAUUCGACUCCACUCAAGGGCAGACAGGAUUCGAUAUCACUUAUGGGCAGGCAGAAUUCAAUUCCUCUCAAGGACAAGCAGGAUUCGACUCCUCUCAAGGACAAGCAGGAAUUGACUCUUCUCCAGGGCAGGCAGGAAUUGACUCCACUCAAGGACAACAAGAGUAUGAUUCAACUCAAGGACUUGGAUUUAGUUCCAUCCAAGGACAGGUUGAAUUCGGUUCUACUCAAGGACAAACCAGUAUCGAUUCCACUGAAGGACAAACAAGACUUGAUUCCAAUCAAAGAGAAACAGGAAAUCAAGGACAAGCAAAGUUUGAUUCUAAUCAAGAACAAAUAGGAUUCGAUUCCACUGAAGGUCAAAUAGGAUUUGAUUCUGCGGUAGGACAAUUGGGAUUCCAUUCCAGCCAAGGAAAAUUAGAAUUACACUCAAAUCAAGAAGAAGCAGAAAUCGAUUUCACCCUAGGGCAAAAAGACUAUAGCUCAACUCAAAGAGAAAUGAAAUUUGAUUCCAUUCAGGGAAAAACAAAAGUUGAUUCCACUCAAAGUCAACCAGAUUAUCGUUCUAGUCAAGGACAACAGGAAUAUGCUAGCUCUACUCAAGGACAAACAGGAUUUGAUUCUGUUCAACAACAAAAAGAAUUUGAUUCCACUCAAGGACAAACUGAAUUCGAUUCCAUCCAUACACAAAUAAGAUUCGAUUCCACACAAGGACAAACAGGUUUUGACUCCAUCCAAGAGCAAACAGGAUUCGAUUCUGCUCAAGGACAGCCCCUAUUUGAAUCUUCGAAAGUGCAAAUAGGACACCACACAACUAAACAGCAAACAGGACUUGUCUCCACUACAGAACAAACAAAAUUUGACUCAUCUCAAAGAGAAGGAUUCGAGUCUGAGUAUAAUCAAGCAGGAUACGAUUCUAUUAAAGGGCAAGUUGACUUUGUUGCUAUACAAGGACAAGAAAUGACUGAAUCUGCUCAAAAUCAACCAGAUCUUGCUUCUAAACAAGAGCAAAAGGAAUUCAGUUUCACACAAGACCAAGUGGUAUUGGACACCACUCAAAGAAAACAUGGAUCUGACUUUUCUCGAGAACCAGAAGAAUAUGAAUUAAUUAAAGGGCAAACAGAAUUUGAUUCUCCUCAGACACAAUCUAAAUUCGACACUAAUCAAGUAGGAUUCGACUCUACUCAAGAACAAUCACUUGACACAAACCAAAGUCAAGCAGGAAUUGGCUCUACAAAUUACCAAGGACUCAGCUUCACUUCAGAACCUGGCUCCAUUAGAGGGCAAGAGCUUGAUCCCACCCAAGGCCAGUCAGGAUUGAGCACCAUUAAAGAGCAGACAGGAUUCGAUUCAGUUCAAGGAGAAGCAGAAUUCAACACCAAUCAGAAACAAGAAAGUCACGGACAAGGAAUAUUCGGCUCCACUCCAGCACAAGAAGAAUAUAACUAUACUAAGGGACAAGAAUUUGAUUUUACUCAAGGGCAACAAGGACAAGGAUUUGACUCCACUCAGGGACAAGAAUUCGAUAUCGCUCAAAAACAAGGAUUAGACUCCACUCAAGGACAAGGAUUCGAUUCCAUUCAAGGACAAGGAUUCGACUUCGCUCAAGGACAACGAUUUGAUGUCACUCAAGAACAAGGAUUCGACGUCACUCAAGGACAAGGAUUCGACUCCACUCAAGGACAAGGAUUCGAUUCUACUCAAGGACAAGGAUUUGAUUCCACUCAAGGACAAAGAUUCGAUAACACUCUAGGACAAGGAUUCGAUGUCAUUCAAGAACAAGGAUUCGACAUUAAUCAAGGACAAGGAUUCAACAUCAAUCAAGGACAAGGAUUCGAUCUCAUUCAAGGACAAGUACUCGAUUCCACUCAAGGACAAAGAUUCGACGUCACCCAAGGACAAGGAUUCAACAUCACUCAGGGACAAACAGGAAUUGAUUCCACUAAAGGACAAACAAAAUCGGAUUCCCUUCAGCUCCUUGGACGUUUUGAUUCCAUUCAAGGACAAGCGGGAUAUGAUGGCACUCAAGAGCAAGUGGAAUUUGAUUCUAUUCAUGGGGAGGCCGGUUACGACUCCACUCAAGAGAUAACAGGAUUUGAUUCUAGUCAAAAGCAAACAGAAAUUGGUUCUUUUCAAAGCCAAGCAGAAUUUGCUGUUUCUCAAGGGCAAACAGCAAUCGACUCUGUCCAAGGUGAGAGGGAACUUGGUUCAACUGAAAAUAAAAAACAUGGCACAAAUAAGAUUCUAGAAGGAAAAGACGAUUUCUUGCUAAUAUCUGAGCAGGAUGGAACUAGAGUAGAAUUUAGCCAGUUGAGUCCUGGUGAGACACCUGACCAAGCACAAGGAAUAUUGGGAUCUAUUGCAAAUCAAGCUCUGUCCUCCUUCCAUUCUGAUCAAUCUGAAAAUGUAAACACAGAUUCUAAGUUGGCAGGGAAAGAGGAUAUGAGUCAAUUCGUGGUUAGUGAAGAUCAACAAACACAGCGACAAGAAGGGGAAGGAUACAGCUACCCUGUACCUACCACGAAUCUUUCACCUGAGAGAAACAAUGUGCAGUCAUAUACCUUCGACAAGCCAGUGAACGUGAGGAGUGAAAUUGAUGUUGAGCGCCAAGCUCUUCCUAACGACGACAAACAAUAUGAAAAUGAUGUUUUGCUAAUAGUUGGUCCAGAUGCAGGGAGCCAGCAAGUAGUUUCCAACACUGGACCUCACGACAGCACCAUCGUCACCAUCCAUGACACCUCUGCCUCUGGCACCCUUGGUACUACCUCCACUCUCCUUCAAGACACCUUAACAACAACUCAUCAUGACACUCUAUCCACAGGUCAUAGCGCCAUUCCCUGUCCUCAUGACACUACCAGCAACACUCAUCUGCAAAACACUGCCACUAGCACCCAAGACACAGUCAGUGGUGUCCUAGACAUCAAUACCGCUACAAUAGACACUCUUGGACCCAUUGAUGUGCACACUCCAACUAACAGCUUGGUAGGGGAGGGAAACGUACUUCGGAAUGAAGGGCUUCUGAUACGGACUCAGCUUGAUAGUCAGGAUCAGAUAAGUCAGAUUAUGCAAAAUCAGGCCAGUCAUGGAGAAGUAAGACAAAGCGAAAACAUUCAGGACACACUUGGUCAAACUCAAAACAUUCAAAGUGAGCUUCCUAGUUUACUAGGCAACUAUGAUUCUCUAAGUUCUUUGGCUCCUCAUACUAAUCUAGAUAUUGCAAACCAAGACCAUGUAGAAGCACACAAUAAACAGAACCAAAACUUUUCAGAUCAAGGACAUACAUUCAACAGUCAGAAAAACCAAAGACAUUUCUUACCAGUCCAGAGUCAGGGCCAGGAACAAACACACAACACUCAAAGUCAAGGGCAGUUCUUACUUGAGCAGGAACAGUCACACAGCGGUCAGUUUCAGCUUCUAAUAGGGCAGAAACAAACACAGACCGGCCAGGGGCAACUUCUAAUAGAGCAAGAACAGACAAACAACGAUCAGGGACAGCUUCAAAGAGGGCAGAAAAAGACAAACAGCGGUCAGGAGCAGUUCUCAAUAGGACAGCAGCAGGCACACAGCGGUCAAGAGCAGCCCCUAACAGGACAGCAACAGACACACAGCGGUCAGGGACAGCUCCUAACAGAACAACAACAGACACACAGCGGUCAGGGGCAGCUCCUAACACAACAGCAACAGACACACAACGGUCAAGGGCAGCUCCUAACAGGACAGCAACAGUCACAUAGCGGUCAGGGGCAGCUCCUAAUAGAACAGCAACAGACACACAGUGGUCAGGGACAGCUUCUAACAGAACAACAACAGACACACAGCGGUCAGGGGCAACUCCUAACAGGACAGCAACAAACACACAGUGGUCAGGGACAGCUCCUAACGGGACAGCAACAGACACACAGUGGUCUGGGACAACUCCUAACAGGACAGAAACAGACACACAGCGGUCAGGGGCAGCUCCUAACAGGACAGCAACAGACAUACAGCGGUCAGGGGCAGCUUCUAACAGAACAGCAACAGAUACACAGCGGUCAGGUGCAGCUCCUAACAGAACAGCAACAGACACAUAGCGGUCAGGGGCAGCUUUCAACAGGACAGCAACAAAUAUACAGCAGUCAGGGACAAAUAGGUAACAAUCUGAGACAGAUUGUAAAUAGUCAGGGAAAAACACACAUCAACGAGAAUAAAGCACUUGGCAAUCAAGAGCAGCUUGUAUCAAAUCAGGGACCAAGAGAACAAAUACCUAUCAAACAAGGUCAGCUUGUAACAACUCAAGCACUAAAUGAGCAAGUAUUUCAGAAACAAGAACAGUUUGUAACAGGUCAGGGGGAAACAGAACAAACAGAUAGUCAUGGACAAACUCUUGAACUUGUAAAAGAUAUUCCAGCAGCGGAAGGACAAACAAGCAGCAUCCAAGGACAGCUUGUAGCACAGGGAGAAGUACACCGCAAUCAGGAACAAGUGUUGACCAGUAGUGUCAACCGAGUCAGCAGUCAGGAGAGACUAGGGGGUUAUUCCUACACCAGUCCUGUACAGAACAGUGAAGGGUCAGAUUCCCUUGCAGAUAGUGAUACAAACAGUCUUCCAACCGGAAGUGACAGCAACUCUCUUAAUAAUUUUCUAAUCUCGCUGGAGUUCACACCACCAACGAAGGAGUAUCUUCCACCUGGUAACAGCGAUGGAGACUCCCAGGAUGUGUUGUUUGUAACUAGUGAUCCGCUGACAAGUACCGUACAACUGCCUGGAUUACCGGCCUCCAACAGUACUGCCCUCACUGUACUAGGUGCCACUCUGCAGCAACAGCAGCAGCAACAACAAGAACAACAGCAACAACAACAACAACAACAACAACAACAACAACAACAACAACAACAACAACAACAACAACAAACAGUGUUUAGUCUUCCAAGUCAACAAAAUGUGGUUCCGCCCAUCGACCUGCAGGCCCUGCUGUUUGGUUACCUACCUCCUUCAAAGGAAGACAAGCACAUUGGCUCCGCUGCUUCCUUGUCCUCCUCCUCCUCCUCCUCCUCAUCAUCAUCAUCAUCAUCAUCAUCAUCAUCAUUAUCAUCAUCGUCGUCGUCGUCUUCCUCGUCGUCGUUCUCCACACCGAUUUCUGCUUUAGGCGAUUCCACAUCAACUUUUUCAUCUUCACCGUCUAAAUCAUCUAACUCCCUCAGUUCUUCAGCGAUCCUAAAAUUCCGAGGUUCUUCAAUAGCUUCAAGCUUACCAACAGCAGUACCAGGCUUAUCCAGCUCGUCUACAGAGGGUUUUGGUUCCUCUACAUUAGGAAUCUCAAACUUUCUCACUUCUUCCAUGGGAGCACCACGCUCGCCAGUCUCUCUUGCAAGAAGUUCUAGACCCUCCAGUUCUCCAGGAACUUCCAAUUUCUUUAGCUCUUCCUCAGCAGCCUCAAAAGCGCACAACCCUUCAGGGGGAUCGAGCUUCACUUCUUCAAGAUAUUCACACUUCCUUAGUACUAACUCUGGAUCGCCGCGUGUACCACAAUCUUUGGGAGAUUCUCGUUUCUCCACCUCUUCAAAAACUUCGAACUUCUUUUCUUCUUCAUCGGAUACCUCAAGUUACUCCAAUCUUCCAGGAUCUACUAGUAUCACAGUGCCAUUGUCGUCGUCUCCACGUCUCCCCACUGAUCAGUCAGUCUAUCCUGGUGCGGGUGCAAAACCAUCACCGUCGUCAUCAUUUAUCAUCUCUCCAGGCGUACUGUCAUCAUCAGUAUUAAUGUCACCACGGCCCAUGGCUGCACCUUCACUCCACACAACCACACGAGGCUUUACUAGAAAUGGCGCAGAUAGUAAAGCUGUAGAAGUCAUGGCGGCGCCUUUAGAGAAGCACUAUUCUCGUAUAGGAGCAGAGAGCCUUCGAAACACUCGGAACAUUAAGAACAAGAUUUAUGUUACACCAUUGCCUUCGGUAGCGUUCCGUCCUCGCCAUUCGUCUCUACAACAUUCCACCACCAAUAGAAAAUUCAAACCUUCAGCGCAGGUUUUUUCCAGCAUGAACCCUCAAGAGUUUAGACCCAAAACGCCACCAAAUUCUUACGGACGAAUAUUUUUCCCAUCUUCUGGUAUUAACUCCCAAUCCCAAUAUAAUCGCAGGGUUUUAUGGAAGUCCCAUGCAGGAAAACAAACAUAAUACUAACUAACUUUGUUCUCCUAUAUAAUGUUGCCAAUCCUUCGAGUAGUAUUAGUAUAAUUUUGUGUGACCGUGAUUAUCAACGCGAACUCAACGUGUAUAUUACUGUUAAUGUGUGAGACUUAACCCGGGCGAGGUGCUGAGCACUGCCUAGCUACCCAGUCUUUCACGGCGGAGUCCUUGUCUGACGUUACCGAAACUUUCUGUCUGUCCAUAAAUUAUUAGCCUUAAGGUGCUCUGACGGGCUCCCUCGUGGCGGGCCAGCGGGAGCCUGGCAGUGUGUGUGCGGGCGGCGCAGGCUCCCCCCGCGCUCCCCUGCUUCAUGUGUACUCCUUUAUCAGUGUUGUGAAUUAAAACUUUUUUAUACGAAAA